UAUCACGAAUUAAAAGAAAAACCUAGGUUUACACCUCCAGCCAUCUCUUUCCGUCUUGCCCCUCCUCACCUCGUCACCCACAAUUUAGAUGAAUUUGAUCGUUCUCCCACUUCCCAAAAUUAGUAAAAUAUGUUUAAGCCUUUUGCACUUCUUCGCACACCUCUUUCUACCGCCGUAUUUUCUCUGCUUCAAGUGGGUACAACCCAAUUGAUCAACACUACAAUAAUCUUCACCGCAAUCUAUGUACAACCAUAUUAAUUUCAAUCCUUAAUUAUACAUUUUUUGCGCCAAGUUUUGGAGGAAAGAUAGAUUGUUCCAGGGUUCGUCGAUUCCGAUCAGUCAAAGAAAUGAGGAAGAUAUGCAGCAAUUUAUGGAACAGUUUUUCUAACUUCCACGGAGUUCGUAGAUUUUGCAAAUACUUUUUGUAGUAAUGUGAAUAAAUAAAAUGUACAUAUUUAUGUAUUUGAAUUCCUUAUAAAGUCAAUACUUCGUAUUUAGUUUGAAUGUAAGAAAUUGUGCUUUGUAAUAUUCACUUGCAACAACAAGAAAUAUGAGAGAGAGAAAGAAACAUGAGAGGCCCAAGUUUUCUAGAGAGAGAGAAAACCCUAAGUUGGUCUAGCCCCCUUCCCAAGCUCAAAUUCAUUUCUGAUAUGGGUUUUGCCUUGCAAAACCUUUCGUCUUCCUCCUUGUCCUCUUUUGUGAAAGAGAUUCCCCAUGAAAUCUCUAGACCAAGCCUUAAUAGGGGUAAUUAUGGCUUCUAUGGUUGUGGAUUGGUGCCUCGUUUGUAUCGAGGUAAGCUUCCACUGUUCCGACUUCCAUCUUGGCUUCAUCAACAAGGCAUCGAAGAUCCAAGGGUGGAGAGCAAUGCUGAGUCAUCGGAUCUUGGGUUCUGCAACAGUAAUGAUGGUUUAGGUGGGUUAAUUAAAGGUGUUACUCCACUAAUGCAAUUUCACCGUCCUAAUUGGGCCAAUAGGAGCGUUUCUCUAAGUUCAGAAGUUGCAAGAUCUUCUCUUUUCUCAAAAAUCACCCCAGGGAAGUUUUUCUCUAAGCUUUUCAUUGCCUUUUCGAUUCAUUUCUGUCAUUUAAUACUUGUUUUCGCGUUUUUUCAAUGCAUGCAAAUUGUUGGUUUGUGUUUCGUUUUAAGCUGGGUGAUGAUUACACUUUUGUUGCAUUUGUUUUGUGUCAUUCUAGAUCCUUCUGAGUCUAAGACUUGUGUUAAGUGUUUUUUCUGUGCAACCUUUGAUCUCCCUAAGUCUUUAUUUCACUUCUAUAAAUACUGUCCGAAUUUUUUUAGUGUGUGCAAUUUCAUUUCUCCCUUCAGUCUUUUCCAAACUCUUGCUCUCUUUUCUUCUUGCCUUGUGUUUAAGUGGUCUAAGUUCUCCCUUUUAGCUUUAAUUCUCAGUAGUCACCUUGGUAUUUUGGUUUUAAUGUCAAACAAUCCUGUGGAGUCUAGCUAUGCCUCACUUCUUAAGAAGAACCCUCAUUCAUUUUCCAAUGAAUCUAAACUUGCCAGCUUACCUAGUAAUCCAGGUUCUACCAGCUUCUUCAGCCACUCCACCCAUAGCUUAUUUCUCCUGGGAGGUAGCAGUUCUGAUUUUGAUCCCAAUUCCUCACCUAAGGACAGUUCACACAAUACUGCACCAUAGGUUCCUAGUUCGAAUAAUUCCACCAUCACUCUAGAUGCCCCUAAGCUUGACCAUGAUAAAAUCAAACUAAUGGAAGCAACCUAUUUGUUUGGGAAAGUGUGGGGGGGAAUUUGUGCCUUAAGUUGCUAUUAUUGCUAGGAUGAAGAGAGACUGGAAUUUCAUGAGAGAUGAGGUUGGGAAUGGGUGGUUUCUUAUCAAGUUUUCUAACCCUUUGGACAAGGAUGAGGUGUGGGAGAAUAGACCAUUCAAGGCUAAGUUCAACUCCAUUACCCAUGUUGAUCAAUGGGUGAAGAUUCCCUUCAUUCCCACUGAAUACUGGACUUGGCACUACCUUAAUCAAAUUUCUAGUUGUGUUGGUCAGCCCAUUAAGUUAGAUAAGUUUACUUCUGAAAAUGCUGAGAAGGGUCAAUUUGCUAGAGUGUGUCUCAACCUCAAUAUAACCAAGCCUGUUCCUAGGUCUAUUACUCUGAACUUUGGGUAUGAUAUUCAGGAGUUUUUUCUCUCUUAUGAAGGAGUCUGGGAAGUGUGCCUUCUUUGUGGAGACCCCAAACACUUUCUUAAUGCCUGUCCUAAAAGACCUCCACCUUGUCUUGAGCUGGUUGUUGCUCAACUGGAUGAGGCCAAGCUGUCUAUGGGGGUACCUGGUGAAAGUGAGGGUCAAGUUGCUCCUUCUGAUUGGCUGACUGUGGUGCCAAGAAGGAGAGCUAAACCCAGAGGUAACCUAAGGAAAAAUCAAGCCAAACCUUACCAUCAACCCUCCCCUGUUCAUGCUAGGCCAGUGCCUUCUCCCACUCAAGGGACUGGUGCUGGCUUACCUGUCAUCCCUCUGGCUAAUAGUUUUCAGGGUCUCCAGGAUUUCCAAGUGUCUACUGGUGACACUAUUACUUUAAACCCUCCUGCUGUCCAACCCUAUGAGGACAUCCUGCCUGAUUUUGACCCUCUAGAGCUUGCUCCCCAAGGUGUUAAUGAUGUCCAAGUGGAUGAUGAGCUAGAUAUGGACUUGGAAAUUUAUGAUGGUGAUGGGUUUGAUGAAAAUGACCCCAUGUUUUCUGACUGCACUCCCCCCAUUGAAGCUGAAAAUACUAAGAGGAGGAAGAGAGAUGUUGGUGAUCUCUCCCCUUCACCUUCUGCUGGAUGAUCUGUUUGUCUAGGUUACACUUGUAUUUUGGGAUGGUGGAUAUUUCUGUGAUUCUUUUUGGCCAGUUGUUACUGGUAGUUAUGCCUUUAGGGUUUAGUAGUUAUGUGCUCUACUUUUCUUCAUGGUUAAUGUUCUACUACAGCUUUUUUUAUUACAUCUUUUGUAAACCUGUAGUUAGCAAGUUAGUAUGGCAUGUAGCUACUGCAGUUUCUAUAAGUCUAUUGAAGACUUCAAGUGUAACUGUUUGUUAUAUCAAUGUUAAUUUGGUUUUAACUAAUGUUGUCCCUGGUUGGUGCUGCUUAUGUUGUUGUGUGCCUUGGACCCAUUGUUUCUUUUAUUAUAAACCGUGGAACAGAUUUCAUGCCUUGUUCAGGGUUAUGGUAUUCCCUUGGACCACUUCCUGGUACCAAUUCAGAUGGAGGAACCUUUUCUCUAGGAAGCUCUUUGAUUGGAACCUCUUAGUUGUGUUCAAAGGGGACCUUUGGUCCUUAUCCUAUGAUGCUGUAAGAAACAGUCCUUGUUUCCUACCUGAGGAUUCUCUUAUUAUGAUUAGCUUGCACUACUCCACUUUAUGUUUGGUUCUCUGCUCUGCUUCUUUUCCCCUUUGGCCAAAAUUGCUAUUUUUGUUAUGCUUCUUUUGGCUAACUCAACCUGACCUGACUCUUGUCCUCAGAUGGAUGGAUGCUUACCUUUACAAAAAUCAGGCUUUGCUCUCGUACUUGUGGGGUUUGGACAACCUAUAUUGCUCUUCCUGGACUGCCACUGGUGCAGUCUUGGUUACAGUUUCAUAGGUAACAAUUUAUUUAUAUCAUAAGUGGGCUCUUGUGUACAAUUCUUUUGUUCUAGUCCUCUUGGUUUUUGUUUUUGUUUUUGUUAUUUGGAACCGGACUUUGAUCCGCAUGGAACUUUAUGGGCUAAAGGCCUUGUGUCUAUCUAUAUUUUGAUUAUGAAAAUAAUCACAUGGAAUA